AUGGGCAAAGAUUUACUCUUCUACUAAAAUCGAGAGUAAGGGGGAAUAGAAAUCCGUUUGUACUUUUUUGAAACAGAAACGAGCCUCUUUUUUUUUUUUUAAAUGGAGACAGACUUCUUUAUUAAUAAGAUAAACUCAAAGACAAGAGAUAUAUAGAUUGAGCGUAAUAAAGAACUAAAGAACAAAAAACAAGGGGAUCAGAAGGUGCACCCAGGUUGACACUCCCUUAGCACCAAAACUUCAUAUCCCAAUUAUAACACUGACCAAAACAGAUGAUGCACUAGAAAAUACACAAUUGAGUCCAGCUUAAAUACAUAGGGCUGAGACAGAGAAAAUGCAAAAAUUAGAGGCAAUACAAAAACAACACCAGUGUCAAGAUGGUUGAGCCGAACAAAACAGCUGCUGAGAAAUCCAAAAACUGAAUAGAAAAUAAACUCCAAAAAAGGCCUGCCAAAAACAAAGAUUAAAGGGUUGGUUGGGAGAGGAAAACUGCCCAAUUGAGGCAAAUAUCUUGAAUGGAGUAAGCCCCAAAAUCUUUGUUCAAGGAACACCAAGCUGCUGUGUUUGCUCUGCGGAGAGAAGAAUUUCUGGAUUAGGUUUUUCCUUAUCGUGAAAAAUCUGCUGGUUUCUCUCAAACCACAGUUCAGAGAGGAGAGCUUUUGACAAGUUUAACCAUAUUAGUCUAGGCUUCUUGGGAAGUGGAGGACCCUCCAGAAGCUGAAGAACCGAGGAACAAAGGGAGCCAUAAGAAACCCAAGCAAUAUUGAAAAUGGAGAAGAUUCUAUUCCAGCAAAAGGAAAAGAAGGGGCAUUGAAGAAAGCGAUUGGAGUUGAGUCUCAUUAGCCUUCAAGCAAAGAGGACAAACAGAGGGCAGUAAACACUUGUUAGGUGCCUUCUUUUGCAGAAUAUUAGCACUGUUAAGAGACCCAAAUCAGAAUAUUAACUCUUCUGUGGCUAUUUGACUUCCACAAGGCUUUAAAUAAACGUUUAUCGAUUUGGGAGGCAGAAUGUAAGUGCACCGAGAGAGAUUUAACGGUAAAACGACCUUGAUGGUCAAAUGACCCUAUUUGUGGUCUUCAGAAUCAAAAUUUUUUUCAAAUGAGAGGAGAGAAAGUAAGGAUUGGAAUUUUGCAAUUUCAGCUUCUUUUAAGCUUCUUCUAAAGGAUAAAGACCAAGGGAGGGUAUCCAAAUCUCAAUGGUCUGCAACCGACCAUGGGGAAGUAAGGCAAUUCUGUAAAGUAAGGUAAAAAGAUCUUUGAGAGGGGAGGCACCAGAAAUGAGCCUCUUCAUUAAUAUAAUGAAAUGAAACUAAUGCUCAAAGUACAAGAGAAUUAUACAAAGAACUAGAAUCCCUAGUGGACAAAGAAUCCUUAUUUAGACCCAAUAAUAAAGUUUCUCCCUGGGAACGACCUCUAAGGAGGCUUUUGAUUGGUUUACUAAAGGAAAGUCCCUUAACAGCCCAAGGAGUUUUUGGGUUAACAUUGCUAGAGUUUGGAGGUCGGUAGACUCUUUAGCCUCCAUUAAUCUUGGUAAUGGUUGGAGAAUCAGUUUUUGGACAGCACCUAUUAAGGAGCAAUUUUCCAAGCUCUUUAGAAUUGCUCUUUUGCCUACCGGUUUAGCAGCAGCACAUUGGGACUAUGAUAUUUCAUCUUGGUCAUUGACCUUUAGAAGAUGCUUGAAAGAUGAUGAAAUUGCAGAAUUUCAUUCAUUACUAUCCAUCCUCUCAACUGAAAAAAAUGGUUAAUUCCGACGAUUAUAGAUCAUGGUCCAUUGAUCCCCAUGGCCGGUUUACUAUUAAGUCUCUUUUGGCUCACCUAAAACUGCCUCCCCAAUGGAUAAACAUCUUUUUACAGCAAUUUUGGAAAUCAGGCAGCCCACGGAGAAUUAACAUUUUGAUUUGGAUUACGGUUUGUGGGUCCCUUAACAGUUCAGAAAUUUUGCAAAAGAAAUCCCCUAAUAAAUACCUCUCUUCUUUGAUCUGUUCUCUAUGUUUGAAGGCUAGUGAGAAUCUCCCUCAUGUUUUUUUGAACUGCCUCGUCUCUUCCUUCUGCUGCGUAAGGAUUUUCUCCUUGUUCAAUUUUGACUGGUUUUGAUCGUUCACUAAGUGCUGGUGUGGUUCAACUUCCAUUAGGUUCGAUUUUACCCAAAAAACCACAUAAUUAUGGUCCGAGCCAGUUUAUUCACAAGCCCAAUAAGGUGCACGCCUAGGCUCAAGUCGCCCACUUGGGGCUUAUUUGUGAGGAAGCGAACCGUUUUUUGAAAAGCCCGGCUUAGGGGAGGCGCGCCUAGGCUUAAGUCGCAUUAGGCGUGGGCUUCUUUAUAACUAAUGGGCUGGGCUUUAAUCAUAAAAAAAUAUUAUUAUAUAGGUUUUUUAAACCUAUUACGUAAAAGUGAAGAAACGACCCUUCUUCUCCCGCGCGAAUUUUCUUUAACGCAUACGCACGUCAUCGACUCUUCAUUUACUUCUUCCGUUUCUUUCUGCUUCUGCUUCAAAGAAACUGUCACCGGCGCCGACCUUCAACAAAUCUCUUUGGCAAGGUAAGGUCCACUGGCCACCCUUCUUCUUCUUCACACAAAACGUCAAGGUUUCUUCUUCUUCAACAAAUCUAUUUGGUGCUGCCAUUACUCUGUUUUUUGGUGCAAAAAUAGAGGAAAAGAGUAGACAAGGAAGCUUCCCAAAAUCAUUACCAUUACUGAUCAUAGAUGGCUGAUGGAAGUUCGAGAAAAGAUCCGGCAUGGAAAUAUGGUCAGUUGCAAAAGGACCAAGAUAUAAAUAUGUUUGUGGAUUUUGUUCGAAAGUAACAAAAGGAGGGGUAUAUAGAAUGAAAUAACACCUCAUUGGUGGUUAUAGAAAUGUCACCGUCCGUAUAAAAUGUCCGGAUCACGUGAAAGAAGAAAUUAAAGAGUACAUGUCCAAGAAAAAAGAGAUUAAAGAACAAAGAAAUCUGAUUGUGGACAUUGAUGUAGAAGAUUACGGUAUCGAGGAUGAAGAUGAAGGGAGUGUUAGUAUAAACAAUAGGGCAACACCAAGUGGCCCGAGCUUGAAGAAACCAAGGCAAAAGGGUCCAAUGGAUGCAUUUUUUACUCCCAACCCAGAAACCGUGGUUCAAAAUGAAAGGAAAAAGGAAAACAAACUUCGUUGAAUGCGGCAUACAAGAAGGAAAUGAGAGAGCACACCAUCCAAAGAAUUGCUCGAUGAUUUUAUGAUGCAAGAGUGCCUAUGAAUGCUUGAACAUAUGAUAGUUUUGCCCCUAUGAUUGAGUCAAUUGGGCAAUUCGGUCUUGGAUCCACCAUCUUAUCAUGAGUUAAGAGUUCCAUGUUUGAAGAAGUAAUUAGAAGCAACAAAUGAGUUGAUGAGUAGCCAUAAGGCAGAGUGGGCCAAGGUUGGAUGCACUGUUAUGGCUGAUGGAUGGACCGAUAGAAGAAAUAGGACAUUAAUUAACUUUUUAGUUAACAGUCCUAAAGACACCAUGUUUAUAGAGUCCAUCGAUGCUUCAUCUUAUGUGAAAGAUGGAAAGAAGAUGUUUGAGUUACUUGACAAUUUUGCAGACUGAAUUGGAGAAGCGAAUGUUGUACAAGUAGUUACAGAUACUGCCUCAUCAAAUGUGAUGGCAAGGAGAUUGUUAGAAGCAAAGCGACCACAGUUAAUAUGGUCUCCAUGUGCCGCUCAUUGCUUAGAUUUGAUGUUGGAGGAUAUAUACCAGAUCUGUAAUAUUCGCAGAACAUUGAAAGGAGGCAUGGAGAUUAGCAACAUCAUAUAUGUUCGUCCUGGAUUGUUAAACAUGAUGCGACGUUUUACUAACCAAAAGGAGUUAGUUAGACCAGCUAAGACUCGUUUUGUUACUGCUUGCAUUACAUUAUCGAGUAUACGUUGUCAAAAGAAUAACCUGAGGAAGAUGUUUACUUUAGAUGAAUGGAAGGAUAGCAAAUGUAGUAAGGAGCAAUAGGGGAAAUGAGUAGUUCAGACUAUUUUGUUGGCUAGUUUUUGGACUAUAAUUGUUUUCGCUCUUAAAGUAUCUGCCCCUUUGGUCAGAGUUCUUAGAUUGGUUGAUGGCGAGAAGAAGCCACCUAUGGGAUAUAUUUAUGAGGCCAUGGAUAGAGCUAAGGAAGCUAUUGCUAAGUCCUUCAAUAAUAAUGAAGAAAAAUACAAGGACAUUUUCACCAUAAUCGAUAAAAGAUGGGAGCUUCAGUUGCAUCGUCCUCUGCAUGCAGCGGGGUAUUACUUAAACCCGUCAUUCUAUUAUUCGAAUCCCAACAGCCAAGAGGAUGAUGAAAUAGUUAAUGGACUCUACUCAUGCAUUACGAAAAUGGUUGCUUCAUUGGAAGUACAAGACAAAAUACUUGUAGAGCUAAGCAAGUAUAAGAGAGCUAAAGCAUUAUUCGGACAACCUUUAGCAAUUAGACAAAGGGACAAAAUAUCUCCAGUGGAAUGGUGGGAUAAUUUUGGACAAUCAACUCCAAACUUGCAAAAGUUUGCUGUGAGAAUUUUAGGUCUUACUUAUAGUGCUUCUGGAUGCUUGCGUAAUUGGAGUGUAAUUGAACAGCUUCAUAGCAAAAAACAAAAUAGACUUGCUCAAAGUCGUUUGAAUGAUCUAGUGUUCAUCAAAUACAACAGAGCAUUAAAACGUCGAUACAACCUACGAGAUAUUGUUGACCCCAUCUCCUUGAAAGAUAUUGAUGAUAGUAACAAAUAGUUGAUUGGAAGAUUGGAUGACGAUUCUGAGGAGGAGGAUGAGUUGGUAUUUGACGACGAUUCUUUAACGUGGGGUGAUGUUUCAAGAGCUGUCGGAGCAAAAGAACCAUCAUUCUAUUCUAAAGCUAGUACCUCAAGAGCAAAGACUAAUGUUUCAUGUUCAUCCUUGUCUACUAUGCAACGCAAACAAGUAAAUUUGGAUGACUUCAUCUUGGAAGAAGAUACUGGUGGCUAUAAGUCUAACGAAAGAGUGAAUGAAGACGAGGAUCAAUUUAGUGAUGAUGAGUUUGAUCUUUAGGGAUGAACUUUUAUUUUGAUUGUUAACUUGUUGUUGAAUACUGAGUGGUUUUCUGUUGUUUUUUUUUUGUUUUUCAGGUAGAAAAUUAAUUUUAUAAUAUUUUAUACAUUAGAGUUAAGUCUCAAUUUCACCUUAGCUAUAUACUUAUAUUUUAUUCAUUGUUGCUCUGCUAUGUAUGCGUGUAUAUAUAUAUAUUUCUUUUUA